CUUCUAUAGAAACCUGGGAGUACAAAUAUUUUUUCUUCAAAUAUCGUAAGAAUGUCUUCUAUUGAAGUAUACCUCAAAUAGCGUGGUCGUAUCAUACUAUCUCAAAUAACCGCUCUGCAUUGUGGCAUCUCACUAGUCAACGCCUUCUAUUCCAAUCCAUCUUUCUCAGUUCAAAACCAGAUCGAUAAUGGCGGCCAAAGUUUACAUCGUAUAUUACUCUAUGUAUGGACAUGUGGGGAAACUUGCAGAAGAGAUAAAGAAAGGGGCCUCAUCUGUAGAAGGUGUUGAAGCCAAGUUGUGGCAAGUGCCAGAAACCGUUUCAGAUGAGGUACUUGCAAAAAUGAGUGCACCUCCAAAGAGUGAUGUGCCUUUAAUUACACCUACAGAACUGGCCGAAGCCGAUGGGUUUGUUUUUGGCUUCCCUACAAGGUUUGGUAUGAUGGCGGCUCAAUUCAAAGCAUUUCUUGAUUCAACUGGAGGUCUAUGGAGAACCCAACAGCUGGCUGGCAAGCCCGCUGGCAUCUUCUACAGCACUGGAUCCCAAGGUGGUGGGCAGGAGACAACCCCGUUGACGGCCAUAACACAGCUUGUUCAUCAUGGUAUGAUCUUUGUUCCCAUUGGAUACACAUUUGGGGCGGGCAUGUUUGAGAUGGAGACCGUCAAAGGUGGAAGUCCUUACGGGGCUGGAACUUUUGCUGGGGAUGGCUCCAGACAACCAUCUGAACUUGAACUCCAGCAGGCUUUUCACCAGGGGAAAUACAUUGCCACCAUCACCAAGAAACUCAAGACUGCUGCUGCUU